AUGGCAAGACUCCUGCUGGACUUCGGUGCCCAUGCAGAUGGUCCCCUUCGUGACGAGUAUUCCGGGAUCUUAUCUGACUACAAAUUUGGCGAACAACUUCGGUCACCGCUCUUUCUCGCUGCUGAAACGGGCAAUGAGAGGCUGGUGCGAUUGCUUCUUGAAAACGGCGCAGAUCCAAACAUAUCGGCAUUGGACCUCUUGGAAAAAAACCAUACUACUCACGCCGACAGUGGGGGUUACAUCUGCAGGCCCCUCUCAGUACCGCAGAUUCUGAAAUGGUACAAUUUUCAUUACGACGACAGUGCUGUUAGGCCCUUAACUGUUAUUCCCUUACAAGCAGCUUCAGGACUUGAAGAUGCCACUUUAGCCAAUUUGCUGCUGCAACACGGUGGAACAAUCAACCCUCGCCAUGGGACCUCGCCGUUGGCCAUUGCUGCCUUCCACUCUCGGUCUGAAACUGUCCGGUUGUUACUGGAUUGUGGGGCUGAUGUAAACGCCGUGUCCGGGUAUUGCUGGGGGUUCUCUGCGCUUGAAGGUGCUGUCCAUGCGCAGAAUAUCCAUAUCAUCACACUGUUGCUGGAGGCUGGCGCAGACAUCAACCAGUGCUCGCCUCGCCAGGGAGGAAGGACACCACUCCAACUGGCCGCCGAGAUGGGCAACCGCAGCGUCAUUCAGCAUUUGCUGGAUAGGGGUGCGAACCUAGUUGCCGACCUUGCUGUUGACGGGGGAAUUUCUGCACUGCAAGGGUUCGUUGAACAUCAUGACCUCGAAAAUGUCGGCAGAGCUCUCGCCGCAGGAGUAGACCCGAACAUGUGUUCACAGCAUGCGAGGUCGCCCUUGACAGCUGCAGUGGCGCAUGGCUAUACCGACUUGACCCAACUGCUCAUCCAGAGUGGUGCAGAUGUGGAAACGCCAGCCAGUGUCAGUAUUGACGCUCUAGAUCCAAGAAAUCGACGGCGUGGGCGUAGACUUCAGCUACGCCCGCUUGCAUGGGCGGCCGCUACAGGAGACAUGAAAAGCCUGAAACUUGUGUGCGAGGCGGGUGCCGAUAUCAAUGCUGAAUGGGAAGGCCAUACAGCGUUGACAGUGGCAGCGGCAGCCGGACACGCACAUGUCAUAGAGUACCUUCUUGAGCAUGGAGACGCCAGAACGUUGGACUCUAUAUGGGAGGCGCUUAGGACUUCGAUCUCUGAGAACCAUGUCACGGCAACAAGACAGCUACUGCGACACGCAGUAAACCGAAACUUGAACUUUACAGCCGCUCAAGGCUCGAAACUUCUUGAGAAAGCUUGCUUUAGGGGUCACUUGGGGAUGUUGGAGCUUGUUCUGACUGAAGGUGCACAUAUGAGCGUGGACGUGAAUGAUGCUCAGGCGCUGGGUUGGCUCUGUGGCUAUAAGUGGACAGGAAAUGCGUGGAGAGAAGCAAUAUCGUUGUUACUGCAUCAUGGCAGACGCGUCAACUGUCGCGCUGCGACCACAGACACAGCCCUCCAACAAGCUGUCAUGAAGGGAGAUUACGAGAUGGCAACGAGGCUUCUGCAGUUGGGUGCAGAUGUUAACGCACCACCAUCCACAAGGCCGUAUGGACGAACUGCGCUUCAGGCAGCCGCUGAACAAGGAAAUGUGCAUCUAGUGCAGGAGCUUUUGUCCGCAGGCGCAAAUGUCAACGCACCUGCAGGCCCCAGGUGUGGCGUGACUACCCUACAGGCGUCUUGUAUUAGUGGCCACCUGAGGAUCACGCAAAUAUUGCUGGAACACGGCGCCGACACCGAUGCGGAACCUAGUCCAAAUUAUGGGCUACGUGCGAUCAACGGUGCAGCUGCAAUGGGGAGACUCGAGACAGUCAAGUUACUGCUGGACAACUACGACGGGCCUCGGCCGAAGAGGGAUCUUUGCAGGAGUGCUUUGAAGGACGCGAGAAUAUGCGACCAGUGGCAUGUUGUCGAACUUCUCGAGGGAUACCAAGGUUAA